AUGCUGAGUAUUCACAGUGUUUUCGACAUUUUGUCAAAGGUUGACACUUACCCUGCCGAAGAUUUUGUUGAUCGUCUAAACUUUGGAGUGACUGUUUAUUUAUUGGGAUUUUUCGUAUUGAUAACUGGUUCCAAACAACAUUUCGGUAACCCCAUUCAAUGCAUGGCACCACCCGAAAGUCCAGAAUCUUGGGUGAAUUAUUAUCACGAUUAUUGCUAUAUCCAGGACAAACUCAGGAUAUUCGACAUGAACGUCUAUAAAUCCGUCGUGUAUGAAACAAGACAAAGGGCCGGAACUGAUUAUACACCCAUCGGAAGAUUUCCGAAAGAAGACUCCUCGAAAUACUGGUCACCGCGUGUGAUGUACUAUCAGAUAGGUAUUGAUCUAGAAACUGCCAUUAUUGAAGCCAGAAAAAUACGUACACUUAUUGGUGAGGAUCGCAGAUCAGCUCUCAUCAAGCUGGCGAAGUUCAUUCGUGAUGUGCUAAAGUCUAAGCAUAGAAGGCCAUUCUUGGGCUCAUCUGUUGCCUCUCUUUGCUAUGUUAUUACUAAAUGGCUUGAGGUUGUCAACGGAUUUGGACAGUUUUAUAUGUUAUCGUGCUUUGUUGGACAAGGCGACUACUUAUGGGGAUUUCAUUUGAUGGUUACGGUACUGAAGGGUUCAGAUGAUCCUAACACAGGCGCUUUCCCUAGAAUUGUGCUAUGUGAUGUCGCAAGAUUCGCGUUAGCAAAUCUACAUCAGCAGCAUAUGCAAUGCGUAUUAAUGUUAAAUUUCAUCAACGAAAAGAUCUAUACCUUUCUAUGGUUCUGGAUUGUCUUUGUUUCUAUCGCUUCGACCUUUUCUGCCAUGAAGCAGACAAUAGCACUUUUGCUUCCUGUGUAUCGAGGACAUAUCGCUGAUAACUUCUUGCCGACGCAGGACGUCUUAUCCUCUUGUGCUGCUGCUCAGUAUGGUAUUCGUCCAAGUUCUGCCAAUAGCCGAGCCCUUGUUGACUUCUUUGUGCACGAAGUUCUCAGAUGCGAUGGUGUACUUCUGUUUUCUUUCAUCAACGGGAACGUUGGCGGGCUCGUCACCCAUGACAUUGCUCAACAGUUGUGGAAGAUUACUGUGCAACCCAUAAAUUACGCGCCUUGUUUUAUAAUCGGUGAUGGAUGUGGUUCUACGUUAGACGAGUACCUGGACAAGAAAAAGAGUUCCAGUGCCUUGUUUUGGCCAAAAUUCACAAAGAUGCCGAACACGACGAAGGAAAUAGGACUGUUGUCCAGUGGUCUUGAAGCUGGUGAGCUGCAAAGUGCUUCAUUUAGUAACAAUAAACAUUAUACUACUGCGAAGCCCAUAGCCCGUAUACGUUCUCUCAGCGUUGGAAACUUGGGAGCGCAGUUGCCUACGGCUCCUCUCGAGUCCUUGCCGUUAAUUUCGGAUGCUUCUACGCAGGCAUUCGAUGAUUCCACGUGCCCCAUUCAAAGCCUAUAUGACUGGCCCACUAUAGAUGGUCGUCGUCGAAUUCAAGCUGGUCCUGGAGUGGCUCUUGUAGAAAAUCGCUGUCACGAUUCAUAG